AUGCAACCACUAAAUCCUUUCCUUGCUGCCUUCUUCAAGAGCUCCGUUGUUACGCAGUGCGCGCCCGUUCAUCACCACGUCCUUCUCGUCCCACUGACGGAUGUGCUUCUGACUUCACGAGAAACCGAUAGCGGCGCCGCCGCCAGCGAGUUCAUCGCCUCGGAGGAGUUCCUGGCCAGCCAUGUCCUGCGCAUUCCAUCGACUGGCAUCUCCUCAGGCGGUAAAGAUGGCGUCCACAACCUACGCGACGUGAGGGGCAAGGCCAGGCAAUUUUCUACCCUGAACGGGAGAAGCGUCGUCAUUAAAGAUUCCGUUGUAUAUAGCAACAAAGGCUUCAAGCUCUUUGCUCAGGCGCAGAUCCUCAACGACGCGAUUUGGUAUCCCGACGUCUUCGAACCGCGACAAUGGCUACUAUACUUCAUUUCAAAACCCUUGGUUGGUACAUGGGAGGAGGUCAAGAUCCUGCCUGCAAUACUAGUCAACGGCGUCAACAAGGAUAAAGCUGCUGAAGCCAGCAAAGCGAACGGCGCUGAUCCAGCCGAAGGCACCAUUCCGAAGAAGGACAUCAAGAGUUUCCACGAUUUGCUGAACAACUUUCCCAUGAUUGCACGCCAAAUGCAACCUGGCCUCGAAAAACUGUUUUUGGAAUUCACAACAGUCUUUGAGAAACCACUGCCGCCACCUCCAUCAGCGUCCAGCAUACCUGACCCUCCCCCUGAUGGCCCAAUAAUGGCAGCGAUGCGAAGAGCACGCUCACAUAGCUUCUCUACCCGGAAUGGCAAGGCUACCAGCCGCGAAUCGCUUCCCGUAACCGAAGACUUCUACGCGGAGGACGACGAGGACGUAAUGAGAGCUUCGUUGGAGACAGCGGUCACGGCAGCCAUUGAUUUAUUUCAGAGCGUCGACAAGCAACAGCUGUCUCUUCUUGGAGCAACAACCGACCUGACUGGCCCCCUGGUUGAAAAGCUUAUCGAGCGCUACGUAACCGAAAACGUGAACCACCUCCUCUUCCCGAAACUCAGUGCCAUCAAACGACCAGAGGACCUGGAGCUUGAGGCAAAAAUACGGCAGAUGGAGUUUAUUGACAUAUCGCAAUUGGGGAUUGCCAUUGACGGCGGGUCCAGGGCAAAACAUGACCUACUCAUCCAACUUGGGCCGGUAAUCGAAGAAUUUAAGAAGAUAUCGAAUGCCAUGAGCCCUGCAGAGAUGAUGGAUGCCCUACUCUCAACAAUGAAAGCCGCUUCGCAACUGACCGACACAUCCAAAUCUCCAACUGGAAACGGCAGGGAAGACCAGGCAUAUGAAAAGACAGUUAUGACCGUUAAUGCCGAUACGUUGGUCUCGCUCCUACUCUACGUUGUAAUUCGUUCCCAGGUUCGGAACUUACAGGCUCGCCUUGUGUAUAUUCGAAACUUCAUAUUCAUUGAUGAUGUCGAUAGUGGAGAAAUGGGAUAUGCGCUGAGUACUUUUGAAGCCGUCCUGGCAUAUCUUGCUUUGGAUUCGGGCGGUCUCCGCAGAGCUAGCAGACGGAACAAGGCACUGUGGGAUGCAGCAAAAAUGACGGAUCUGACUGAGUUGAAAUCCAUCAUGGAACCGAACUCAACUGCCGUGGCCGAUGGCGAUGAUGAUUUUGAACCCAAUGGGGGAGACACGGAUCAGUCAAGUUGGCCAGGCCGACGCUCAUCUUUUAGCUGGAGCCUACAAAAUGGCUCAUCGAGACGCUCAUCUCUUGCCCUGUCUAUAUCGGACAGGUACUCUCAUGGUUCCGGCCUCAGCCACGUGUUUCCAUUCCAGUCUAAUGGAAACAGCGAGUAUGACUUCUCGCUGGUCAAAAAAGUCAAGCGGGUGGCCAUGGAUACUCGAAGCUUAUCCAGCGGGUCAGAAAUUUCGUUCCAUUCACGCACAGGUAGUAUCGGCACCCUUGGUAGUGCUCUCGAAGGCGAUAUCUCAGUGGAACGUCUUGCCCAAACCAGCAAUUCGUUUGGGGAGUCAGUUCUUAUGAUGGCCAUUCAAAGCGAAAAUCCGGCGUCCCUGAAAUACCUACUAUCACUUUCUGGAUACUAUACACUGGAUGUAAUACUCCAAGACAUGAACAAUGAGGAUACGACGUUGCUGAGUGCCGCCAUUCAGCUAGGUAAUAAGGACCUUGUUGAUAUGUUGCUGGAGCGUAUCAACACCCUCGCUACCAAAGACCAGCUUUUGCAGUACUUGGCCGAGCAAGACAUCUGGGGGCGGAGCGUGGGUCACUAUAUGUUCCACGCCCCUUCUUUAAUUACCAGCAUCGGAAAGCUGAUUCCUUGGAGGCAACGCGACAAGAAUGGACAGACACCAUUGUUUGCCUUGUGCCGCUCCUACGACAACGACAACUACUACGACAUGGUGGAGGCUGGGCUCAAGGUAGCAAGGGAAACUCAAGACGAUGGACAGCCAUUGCAUCUCGACGAGCACGUGGAUGCCAAAGGCAACACUCUACUUCAUAUUAUGAAUGACACGAGGCUAGCAAUGAGGAUAUUGCAUUACUGCGACGUGGACGUGAACGCGACCAACGAUAAAAGAUUUACAGCACUGAUGGUCGCCAGCAAAUAUGGGAGAUACGACAUGGUCAGGUGCCUAUUUGCUGAUCCCCGAGUCGACAUUGUGGCGAGAGAGAUGCGUGGUCUCACAGCCGUAGAACUGGCCAAGGACGACGAUGUGCGAAACAAGAUAGACGAUCUUGGCUUGUUUAGUAUGCCUGCCGGACGAGAUGGAAGAAUCACUGGCGUGGUUCGUGCAUUCUUUGUGGAAGAUGGCAGCGUCAGGCUAGUUCUGAAGUCAGCUGCGCCAACUGAUCAUGAUAGUUACACGGUGACAACCAGUCGGCGUUCUUUAGCAGAGUUCGAGCAGCUUGCCAAUCUGCUAGCCGAAGAACAUCCCGCUUCGUGGAUUCCGUCUGUGUCUGAUACAAGGUCGCCGUUUCAAAUACCCGUCAAACCGUCCCGUGCAAUUCUGCGAGACAUUCAGGCGAAAACAGACUGGUUCUUGAGAAUUAUGUUGAGUCAUCCCACCUUGGCCACCCACGAGAUGCUUUGGGAGUUCUUCCUUGUCCCAGAGCUUCAACUGGAGGCAAUGGAGCAGCGCACCAAGCUCAAGGUGGAAGCCAGAAUCGAGAGAAUAAAGGAAGAAUAUGAGCCUGUUCGCGAUAUGAGAGAGGUGGAGCAAUUUGUAAACCAUGCGAGGGAGAUGGUCCGCAGCGUUAGCUAUUCGACAAAGAGCGUCACGAGAAGAGCCAACGGCGCCGGACUGGCCAUAAGUGACCUCUACGACUCCAUGGUGCUUUUGCACAGGGCUGUUUCGUACCUGAAAUUUUUACCACGAUCGCACAUCACGGCUCUAGAGGCAUAUGUCCGAGCCAUGACUCCGACCCAGUCAAGUCCACAAGCUACGCUUCAUAACACAUUGCUGGCCAUCCAGUCGACAGUGCAGGCUCUUUUAUCGUCACUUGCACGGCCAACUGCAUUAAUUAGCCAGAUAACAGCUGCAAAGCGCGAUGCCGAUAGGAACGAUAGCGCUGCAAGCCGUCCGUCACGAUGGCCAUUAGGCCUGCUAGAGGAAUCUAGGCAGAGACUGCAGGACGGUAAGGAGAAACGAGCAAAGAAGUCUCGCGAGGAAGCCGAAUAUCUCUCCAGAGAACUGCGGUUCACACAGCAGACAGUGGCAGGCGAGCUGGCAGGAUGGCAGGAUAUGCAUGACAAAAUGGGUCGUAGGGCCAUCCGAGAAUUCGCGAGAGCCAUGGUCGUUCAAGAGAGAAUGCGGCUCGAUGGCAUGAUGCGGGCUCUUCGAAAGGUUAGAACAGAUGGACCCAUCUCCAGGUCAUGA